AAACUUCAAAGAUGGCGGAUAAGGAGACGAACGCAACUGCUGGGAAGGAGAAAAGGAAAGAAAGGUGGUUAUUUACCGACGAGAUGGUGGAAGAGUUGUUGGAAGUGUUAAGAGACACAAAGUCGAACAUGGCGGGGAAAGGCUUGGACUUCGAAGGCGAUCUGGUAAAGCUAUAUGCAGACGUACGUACAAUGAUGGCCGAAAAAUUUGAAGAGUCUGAUUUUGGCCCAAAGGAAAUCAUGCAGCCGUCGGUAGAAAUAGACGAAAUGAGUAGAGACGAGUACAGAGAAUUCAAGGAAAAGGUCGAUGAACAAGAAAGGGCAAUCAAAUUAGGGUACGACAGGAUUAAAGCCAAGGUAAAGAAACUACGAUCGGGCUUUCAAAAAUGUGUUGCAGAGUCCACAAGGUCUGGGAGUGGAAGAAUUAUCAAGGAACACUGGGACACCUUAGUCGCAAUUUGGGGAGGAACCCCAGGUGCAGAGCCACUAGAAUGUGGAAUAAAUACCAUGGCAGAGACAUCAUCAGAGUCAGGAAAGCCAAGUGGCAAAGUGGACACCAAGGAAAGUGAAGACUUGUCCACAGAAACUAAAGAUGAUGAAGAAGCAGGGCCACCAGAACGCAAAAAACAAAAAUGUGCAACAGCAAGAUAUGUAGAUGACAAGAGAAAGAAGCUGGAAAAGAAGUUAAGCACAAGGCAAAAAGAGUGUAUGAUGUUAGAAACAAUGAGGGGGGAUAUGGAACUUAAAAAGAAAAUUCUGGCUCAAGACACGUCCAACACUUCUUCUGCUGAUCAGGCUCUCAGUAAAAUAGCAGAUUCGAUGCAGAUUUUAAGCCAGGCUAUCCUGACAGGGUUUCAGCAGCUGAAUUCUCUUCAAGGUAGUAAUUAUCAGUUCAAUGCUCCAAGACACCCUCAGCAGGAUCAUGUACAUCCUUUUGGAGGUGCUUAUCACAACAAUCCAAGCCAAUACAGUGUACUUCAGCCGUUUUCUGGGAGACAAAGUCCUUUCAACACUGUAGCUUCUGCUUCUCCAAGUGCAAGUAGUAGUGCCAGCUGGGAGGAGAGUAGUGUAGAAGACCAUGACCCAAGUUUGUACCCAAAGUGGAUGUGACUGGGAUGAUGUAGGACUAAAGUAUUGAUAUGAACACUUAUGGCUACCGUUUAUUUUGGUUAAAGUUCUUGCAUGAUAGAAAGAGAGACACGAGUGACUGACAUUCUUUAUCACUGGAUGGUUCAGAAGGUACCAUUAUUUUGUUUGAAUUGUGUUGUUAAAUAAAAGCAUACUCAGAAUUGCUGUAUGGUCUCUUUUGGUAAAACUGUCUGAAGUUUGACAGUCUUUUUCGCGUUGUUUUUUAUCACAGGUUAAUAUUUCAAUGUGAUUUUUAUCAAAGAAUAACCAAAGUUGGACUGUUAACAAUAUAACGUAAUGAUUUUAAUAAUCUGUAUGUAUUAUGAAAAGUAACACAAAUGCCAAAGGGGCA